AAUGUAUUAUUGCAAUAUCAUGGAAACCGAUGAAAUUUUAAAAACAAUGUAAAUAAUAAGGGACAAAUCAAUGGAUGCCGCUUAUCAUAAAUGUUGUGUUUAUAUUACCAAUUAAGUCAUAUUAGGCCGCGAGAUAUUAAAGUUUCGGGUUUUUCAUUGAACAGAAUUCGAGGUUUAAACAGUUAAGGACUGAACGAGACACAAGACAAUCAAGAGAACCGGUCAGGUAUACAUUAGGAAUUAAAAUGAAAACUACAAUUAUUCUUAUCCUUCUUCUAUUAACCAUUGUCUCCGAAAUAUCGGCAUCAAAAGACGAGAACAAGAGGGAGACACUGACAAAGAAACUCAGCACACCCAAAUGUUCCGCAGAUCAAGCGUGCUCACCUGGGAGAGUUUGUGUGCCUUUCAUCAGUAAAUGUUCUGGAGAGGGUCACGAGAAAUGUUUCACAGAUGAUCACUGUCCUGGCGAUCAAAUUUGUUCUAUUUUUAUUGGAUUUUGUUUAACAAAGCCAAAAUGUGACAACACAAAACCAUAUUCAUACUGCAUGAAGGGAAUGUGUCCAUGCCCACAGGGUUAUGAAUGUAAGGGAAAGCCUGGCUUUCAGAAGUGCUUACCAGAAGAAACUGGAUAUGACAAAGGAACUUAUAUUGUAAAUUAGCUGAGCUUUUACAUAUGUGGAAUACAAAGUACUGUAGCUAUAUAAUAAAGUCUCCAUUUGAUUAAAUAUGUUGGCAUUAGUUAAAAUGUCUAGCUCACAAAGAAAAAUAAUGUAAAAUUUAAAUAUCCCAGUGAAUAGCCAUUAUGGAACAGGAUUGAAAGAAACCUUUCCAUAUUUUUAAAUUGUUACAAUAAAGAAAUA